GCCCGGCAGCCCCGACGGGCCGACGCUCACAGGGCCCUGCUGGACCUGGAGGCCCCGAGCAGUGAGGACAGACGGCAAGGAUGUGAGUCCGGCUCCACUCGGGACCUGAGGCCACAAAAGUCCUUUGACUCCUGGGGGCGACACCUUUAAUUCUCCCGUGGACAAAAUGAGCAUGGAUUUGGAGGUACUCAAGCUGCUGGCUGCCCAGUCAGGAGAUGACGAUGACAUUCUUCUGGGUGAAGAUGUGGAGCAACAAGAUAUAGAUCUGUCCAUUGACAAAGAAAUAUUUUUGAAAGAGUUUCCUAGCUAUAAACGGGAACUAGAAGUGGCCAUCAAAAAGCAUCGUGACCUUGCAGAUGACCUCGACAAAACCAAAAAAAAUUUCACCAAGGCCAGCCUGGUGACCAGCUCCAUUGCCGUCACCUCCGGAGCAAUGACCAUCCUGGGUUUAGCCCUCGCUCCAGCAACAGCAGGAGGAAGCCUGAUACUUUCUGCUGCUGGUAAAGGUUUGGGGACACUAGCUGGGGCCAGCGUCAUCCUGAGCAACAUUUUGGAAUGCGCUCACAAUAAAAAAGCCCAAGCUAAGGUCGGCAGCCAAGGGCCUACCCUUGACCAAAAGGUCAAGGACAACGUAGAAAAGGCAUCCUGUGUCCUGACCACCGCCGGGAAGACGGCCCUUGCUUGUACAAGAGCCGUGAAAGACAUCAAGAAUGACAUCCGCGCCUUUAAGAUAGCCAGAGCCCACCCGCGCCUGGCCGCUGCCGCCACGCGCCUCCUGACCACUGGCCCAGUCUCCGCCCGCAGGAGCAGGCAGGUGCAAAAGGUGUUUGGCGGUACAAGCCUAGCGAUGCGGAGCAGUACUCGCUUGGUAAGCGGUGUGAUGUCUGGCUUGUUCCUCGGCCUGGACUUGAAGAGCCUCCAGAAUGACUAUAAGCAACUGAAGGAGGGCGUCAGGUCGGAGUAUGCAGAGGAGCUGAGGGCCAAGGCUGACGAGCUGGAGAGAAUCCUGACGGAACUCACCCAGCUCUACGAGAGGCUGCAGCAGGAAAAAUGAUCCUUGGAUACUCUGCCUCAGCCAGGCAUGGGGAAGCAGGACCCCAGGCGACAGCAGCCGCUGGGCAAGAUCCUCCUUUGUUUGCCCACAAAAGGAUGUCACUGGAACCUGCUGGACCAGAUUCCAUUAGGAAAGAGAGGGGCCCUGUUGUCCCCAAGACCCAAAGCUCCUCAGGAAUUUCCUGGCUUCUCAAUUCACCUGCCUUCAACGUGUGUUUGGCUUUUCUGGUUUUAGCUGCUCUCUUGAAAGUGAUGAAUUGGUAUUAAAUACAGUUUGUUUGUUUUUUAAUUCCGGAAACUAAAAUCUAGGGGGAAGAAAUAAUGUACCAAUCAAGGGUGUCGACGGUUGGUAGUUUAGUGUAGAAUUUUCGGGGACUGGGUGCUAAGGACUUGGACUGCCUGCGGGGGGCGCCCUCGCGGCUGUGAUACAACGUGCUUCUGCAGCCCGUGUUUCCUCUCCUGAAUGCCCUCACAUGUCCGCAGAUCUACUACCUUUCCUUCCUGUUUUCACUUAGCAGGAUUUCCUCCUAUUCGGCGUUCCACUUUGUUCUUGUGAACAUUGUUUUUUAGGUUGUGAAAUAUUCUCUUGACUGUACAUACAAUCUUUUAAUUAGACAUAUAUGAGCCAUCACUUCAUUAAAACCUAC